AAAACCUGAGCCGACUCAGAGUGAUUCAAAAAUAUCCACCACUGGACUCCGCCUCAUCAAAGAGUACCGAGGACGGCACUGUGUCUGGGAUUUCACCAGUAGCCUCUGAUGUGAGGAGGAAAAAGCCAGUCAGCAUAAAUCCAUUCACACUUGCAGAAAAGGCAAAGAUGCCAAAAGAAAAACAAGAUCAGUGUCACAGGGCAGUCACAAACUUUGUUGUUAAAGGUUUGCUGCCUUUUUCUAUAGUGGAGGCUCCAUGGUGGAGGGAGAUGAUAACAGCCCUUAACCCCAGAUACCAGUCCCCCAGCAAAGACAUGCUGUCAAAUACACUCAUACCAGCAUGGUAUGCAGUAGAGAAGGAAAAUGUCAAGAAAGAAUUGCAAGACGUCAGAGAUGUGGCUGUGACCGCGGAUAGAUGGACCAGUUUGGCACAAGACCAUUACUUGACGGUUUCAGUCCACUUUGUGAGAGAGGGGGCCAUGAAGGAGAAAAUCCUGCAUACCAGGGCAGUCUACACAUCACAGACAGGGAAUGUAAUAGCCGAGGAGAUAGGGGAUAUUCUUGAAGAAUUCAAUAUAAAGCAUAAAGUUGUUGCGAUCACUGUAGACAAUGCAGCUAAUAUGGAUGUAGCAGUGAAAAAAAUGAACAUUAGAAAGAUUGCAUGUUUUGCUCAUACUCUAAACAUUGCUGCUCAAAAGCUGUAUACUAUACCAGUAAUCUCAAAGUGGGCAGGAAGAAUCCGAGCUACAGUGGUGUGGUUAAAAUGGUGCAGCUUGGCCAAACCUAUCCUUAAAGAGAAGCAGCAUCUUCUUGGUCUUCCAGAACAUGCUGUCAUUUUAGAUGUGAAGAACAGGUGGAAUAGCCUGUUCCUGAUGGUGGAGCGAUUUCUGGAGCAGUUUCCUGCUAUCCAGGCAGCCUCCAUGGACCCUCGGUUAAAAAAAUCAAUGGAGAAGGACAGACUGGAGAGACUUUCUGAUGAGGAUUUUAGAAAAGCAGAACAAUUUGUCAGAGUUAUGAAGAUACUAUAUACUUCAACUGUCUGCAUCUCUGCUGAAAGGAGUCCAACUUUGGGCCAGAUUCUGCCCAUUUUGGGGAAGCUCCAGCAUCACUUCGCAGUUACUGAUGAUGACUCCUCCUUCACACAAGCUAUCAAGGAAAAGAUCUGGGGGGACCUCUCAAAAAGAUACCAAGAUGAGAGAAUCAGGCAGUUCUUGGAGGAGGGCACAGCCUUAGACCCGAGAUUCAAGAUGAAACUAGGCGAAGAAGUGUGGACCAGAAUAGAAGAGGAGCUCAUGAGUAGAACCUCACAACAGGCCCAGCAGAUGAAGCAGGAGGUUGAGGGGACAGCUGGUCACCGUGAUGACAACUCCUCUGAUGAAGACUGUGGAGCUGCAGUAGGACCACUGAAAAAGCCAAAGCUCUCUGCUCUUGAGGAGCUAUUUGCUGAUGAAGACAUGGCAGUUGAAAUGAGACAAGAGAACAGUUCUAGCAACACAGACAAGAUUCAAGAGGAGAUCCAGAAGUACAGAGGUCUACCGUCUACCCUAACUUCUGUGAAUGCAGUGACCUGGUGGUGGAAUGUGAGGGACACUAUGCCAAUGCUAUCAAACUUGGCAACCAGGUAUCUCUGUGUGCAAGCAUCAUCCACACCCUCAGAGCGUACAUUUUCUACUGCUGGAGACACCAUCAGCCAGGAGCGGGCUUGUUUGUCUCCUGAGAAAGCAGACAUGUUAAUCUUUCUGAAGAAGAACUGCUAAGAAUUUAACAGUGAGCAUUAGACACUGACUGGUUUCCAAAUGUUUUUUUUCACUUGAAACAUUUUUUUUAUAUGAGAGUAGUACUUUGAAUGGAAAAAUCUGAGCUAAACAUAAAACUCAAGAUUUGAACUUUAUUAUGUUGUGCAAUUUUCUUUUUCUUCGAAUUGAUAUUAUAAAACUGGUAUCGAAAAAAGUUUCGUUCAGGAACCGGUAUCGAAGUGAAGGUAUGGGUAUUGGUACCGGUAUCGAAAAUUUUUGAACAAUACCCAGCCCUACCACAGAUAUAUGCCUGGCAGUACAUAUGUGCAGAAAAAGACAGCUAACGGGACAAGCAUGUAGGACUGCAUUACGUAAGCAUAUCAACAGAAUGUUUGAAAAUUGGAGAACCACUUAUUUAGAUGAUAUACACAGAAAUAGAAGCUAAUCCUCCAUUCCUUUAUUAAACAUUGUCGUGAAAUUCUUAGUAUACAGUAUAUUUAAGAUGCAAUUGUAUUACUUCAACUCUCUGAAAUAUAGAAAAUAAUGUGUAUUGUAUGAAAAAUUUUCCACAUAACUACAGAUUACGUAUUGUUAUUCAGUAAAAUGUACAGUGCUUUGUUUCAGUUAAAUCCUGAAAAAAAUCUACAACCUAUGUUUAUCCUUAUUGCCUGUCAAUCGAUCACUGACAAGGUUUGCCUGUUCAAACUAUCUUUAAAUCUCACUCAAAGAGUUGGUCAUAAUUGGCAGCCCUUACCGUUUAAUACGUUUGUCUUAAUAGAGAUGCCCAGAAAUAUAGUAAUAAUGUUAAAAAGUGCUUAAUGAUGGGCAAUUUUCUGAGAAAAUAAAUGCCUUAAAAUCCUUUCAGUUUUAUCAGUCGUCUCUGCCCAAUCUGCACCAGAAAUGGGAUCCUACUAGGGGUGGAA